AUGGCCACAACUCUCCUUCGUUCGAUAGUGUCAGCGUCGCUACCGGAUCACUGCGAGCCAUCGUCGCCGUGGCUGACUGCAAUCUCCUCCCACCUCCACAUCUGCCUGCCCACCCCACUCGCCCUGAUAUCGUCCGUGCUCGGAACGCUAAGUAUUGUCUCAUGGUUGUUCGCCCAGCUGCCGCAGAUCUACAAGAACUACCAACUUCAAUCCACCUCCGGACUGUCUAUCUUUUUCUUGGUAAUCUGGUGUGCAGGUGAUGCAAGUAACCUCCUCGGGGCAUGGUUCACUCGCCAGGCCGGCUGGCAGGUCGUGGUGGCCGGCUACUAUGUCUGUGUGGACGUUGUCUUGGUGAUCCAGUUCUUCUGGUAUACUCAUUACAAGUCCAAACAAUACAUGGACAUCGACGACUACGCGCAUGACCACCGUCAUGGUCAAAGCGAGUAUCUGGAUGGUGUAUCAUUGUCCGGCGAUGAGAUGCCCCGUCAAUCGCCGGCUCCCGUCAAUGUCGCGCAAAAGAGGAAGACCGAGGUCCACGACAUGGGUGUGCAGACCGGCUCGACGCCCAACUCAGCUCUCGGUCGUACACCUCCUUUCGCCUUUGCCGGAGAGAAGGCCAACUCUCCGCGCCGCUCAGGGCGGAUGAUCAGCACCUCUGCAAGCCCACCGUUUGCGCUGCCACGGACCAUGCUGAUCGCUUCCCUUGUAUGUGCGGUGCUAGCCAAUGCUAGCCCUACGCACACGGCUCCAUCACCGCUGCCUCAUCCGCCGAUAUCAGAUGCUCCUCGAGAAACAGUCGUCGAGGUGUUCGGUCGCGUCUUCUCCUGGAUGUCCACUAUUCUCUAUCUUGGUUCACGGCCUCCACAACUAUAUAAGAAUUACUGCCGUAAGAGUACAGAGGGUCUUUCUCCGCUGCUCUUUAUGGCAGCCUUCUUUGGCAAUCUGUUCUAUUCAUCCUCCCUCGUGACCAAUCCUAAUUUCUGGUCUGACUUCCCACCCUACGGAGGUGGUGGCUGGGCAGAUGGACACGGCAACGACCGUCUGGAAUGGAUUGGUCGUGCCAGCCCAUUCUUCCUUGGCGCAUUCGGUGUGCUGGGACUAGAUGGGUUCAUGGGUGUACAAUUUCUCAUGUAUGGCUCUUCUGACUUGGAUGACGAGAGUAUCGUCAGCGCAAACAAUGAGGACGUCAAGCGGGGUCGUGGUCGCUGGCGACGUGUACAGGGUUGGAUGCGAGGAUGGAUCCCCUCUGCAUCACCUGCUCGCAAUGAACAUGGUCACAGAUCUCUAUCACGUCGACGGGAACGGCAGGCCCUCCUGAGUUCUGAACGAGAUCACUAUGGAGCUGUUUAG